UUCCUAGUCUUGUGUGUUUGAGGUGUUGCUGUUUAUGGUGCUUCAUGCUUGCAGUCAUGUCGAUAAUCUCUUGUCUUCAACACUCGUCAGUCUGUAUAUAAAUGAACCUGCUUUUCUUUCCAAAUAUUAUAUUUUCAGUGCAUGGUUCCUCAAGUUCGCACCUUGCCAGUUGCUGAUGCCUUUGCUUGCAUCAUCUAUAUUAGUGUUGCAUUGUGUUUCAAAGCCCUACUCUAGCAUGGAUGCGUCUUUGGAAGCGACCUGUGGGUACAAGUUCGAAUGUAGUAGCUCGAGGGAUUGGCACUUUGGAAAUGCCUUUUCUUUGCCUAUUGUCUUGAUGUCUCCUGUCAAAAGUAAUGUAAAGUAUAGUAUGCCUCAAUAGAUAAGUUAUGUGUUCCAGGAGAAUUUGGAGCAUGCUAAUUACUCUCUACAGUGGGUUUUUUCUGUCCAUGUUUCCGUUACCGAGGAAUUUAAGUUUAACAGUAACUAAGAGGGGGCUGGUCAAUGAUAUAAGUUGGACCGUAAAAAUUUGUUAAAUCAUUCACGGACGUUUGCUUCAUAAGCGACUCAGUUAUGAUGGGAAAAGGCUUGAGAUGAUGAUUAUCAAAGUAACAAAACCGAAAAAGGCUUUAAAAUGAUAGCGAUGAUACUUAAUAUUACACAAAGGAAUCAAUUGAUAUUUACCUUUGAGUUUUGGUUUUGAGCUUAGUGAGUCUUAUCAUUUAUUUGCGGUGAGAGCUGCUGUAGAGCCCUUCAAUCAUCUGUUCUAGUUCUUGCUAUAAUUCUGUCUGAUCAGUGAUGUAUUAGGUUUAUUUAUCUUUUACUUAGUUACUGCGAGUGUUGCUGUUUUAUGUAGGUAGUGGUCCUACAACCAUCCUGUUAUUAAUUUAUUAUUAUUAUUGAGGGUUCUGUAUUCGGACGGUUUUUAGCUUUUAUUUUUGGUAGUUGGUAUCUAUGGGCAUAAGAUUUCCAAGGUGCUCUGUUUCACUCUGUGGGUUAUUGAAUGUGGGGUUGGUUGAAGAUAAUUAGCUCUGUUUCUAUUGUUUACAGUUUAGUGGAAGUAGACUUGCAGUCAGAAUUAACUUUUGAUCAUCAUAAAAGGCUGAGUUUGAGAAUGAUGACGAACUUUGCUGGAUUAACAACGUUAAUACUGAAGGUGCAUCAAUUGCAAUUAACAUUGUUUGUAUUUUUUUUCUCUUUCGGUGUACAGUUCUACUAUGAAAAUUCUUUACAUUAUUGUUUUUCGGAGCACGUGUGCCUGGGCGUGGCUAAACAGCAAGUAGACUUAUUAUUGGUUGAAACUGGCCAAUUGGGUGAUGAGAGGGGAGC